CGGCGCAAGGAGUUUUAUGCGAAACUUUACAUCGUUUUGCACUAGUAAAGGUCAUAGCUAUGUGGCACCUUAUAGGCCUGCAGAAUACUGCAAAUAAUGGGUGACCGGAGGAUUGUGCACGAUAAACGUUUGGUACUACAUCUAUGACUUCCACCAACUGAGAAUUGGUUAACUGCGGCUUUAUAUUAUGUCUUUGCCCAUAAAUUUAGCAGAAUAUUCGUUUGAUGGGUUUGCUGGCCAAUAAACGAGUGUAUACAUUUUCACCACCUGCUUUUGGCUUAACUCGACGACCUGGAGAUAACUUUAAUCCGUGGCAAUGUGUACUGGCUAAGGAAGCACCACCAUUGGCAACAACUGUCUAUCGUCAGGCUGUUGAUAAAGAAGAUUUUGACUGUUUAAUUGAUGAGAGAGGUAAAAUUUACCAAUCACAAAGAACAACAUCAGUCAGACGCUAUAAUCCGAAAGGUAGUCCACCAACAACCUUAGGAUAUUUAAGAGAAUCAGUGAAUCAGCUGGUGAACGAUUUCAAAUCGUUGGAAGUCACUGACAACCGGUUGGUGAAUUGUAAAAGCAUAUUAAUUUCUCCAUUACAUCAAAACCUUGUAGAAGCGCGUUUGCAUCGUUUAAAAUUAGAGGAGAAAAUGUUAUUGCAAGCAGAAAAGUUGGAUAUGCUAGAGAGGAUUAGAAAACCUGUACCACGAUGGUAUAGUAUCAAAACACCACAAUUCUUCUAUGAAGCUCGUAAGCAUAAUGAACUAUUGAAAAGUUCAGACAAUACAGAUUGUUUCUACUAAUGUAAUCGAAAACAUUUAUUUAUGUCAAGUUUUAUAAUCUUGCUAAUUUUUACGCUACCAGAAUGUUACAUCAAAAAAGAAUCUAUACGUUCU